AUGUACCCGGAUAUAAUCCAUUUUACCAAUGUCGAAACCUAUAGAUUAGACCUGGUCAUGGGGCAAUAUAUUAUGAGGGGUAUUCGAAAUGGCAAAUCACGUGAAUCUCUCGUAUUAAUGAAGACUAUUCUCUCGAUAAGCUAUAGCGAAGAUUUUUUCCUUGCCACGAUAUCUUCGGUAUUAAGGAAUGAGUUGUGUCG